GAAGGGUAAGCACGGUGGGGCUGCUGGGUCCCCGAGGACCCCCUUGGGGCAGCCUCCAGGUGCAUUGCCAGCCUUGGUUUCUGUGAGCCCCAUCCAAAAUUUGACGUUGCUUUCCUGCGGCUUCCCGUGCCAUCGCAGCACUUCUGCACAGAGGCACGGCGCUCCCUACAAAUGGGAACUUCGUAACGCACAGAGCCAAUCAGUACUGCAGUCGUAGGAUAGGAAGAGAUGCAAUAAGUGGUCUUCGUGUUGCCUGAAGCCUAUAAGUGGAUUUUUUGUUGACGUUUGGGGGUUUUCCUUUCUUUCUCCCCCCUCCCUUGAAUUCAGACGGCUCACUGUCCCUCUCCCCUUGAGAAACGUCUCCUGCACUGAUGCAAUACGCACAUAGGUGCUCAGGCACCAGCCCCCAUGCCUCCCCCCAGUUUAGGAUUUGGUGAGCACGGGGCGUUUCAGCCUGAGAAGCACAGGUGUGGCUGCCUGCCGGCUGGGUUUAGAAUCUCUCACGCAGGGGUAGUGGUGAAAAAUAAGUUUCCACUGGAGUUUUAUUUUUUUAAUGGAAAGGUUUUGUUUGCUCACAGUGCCCAGGGGUGAGGAGGGGCCAAGGAGAGCUCACUCUAUUCAGGGACUGAGGCUGCUCUGGGUGCAGGGAGGGGCCCUCGUGCCCCUCACCGCUGGGGCGCAGCCCAGAGAAACUGGGAGCAAAGGGUAUAUUAAGGUAGGCAAUAAGUAAGGAGGAGAUUUAUUUUUCUAAGAAGCAUAUAGCUCUAGAAUGUCCCCUGAUAGCUGCCUGUGAGUACUGUGGGGAGAUACUAAACGUGAAGAGUUUGAUGAUGAAAUGCCCUUUUGCUUUUUUUGCACAGAUUUGCCCCAUAAAAUCUUGCUGUUCAGAGUGGGAUACCAGGUUUCCUGGCUGGAAUCCAGCAGGCUCCUGGGGCUCCAUAGGAGAGGAGCCGAUGUUUCUGAGUCUGGGCUGAAUGCAGAGGACAAUCCCAGGUGUUAGGUUUGAUGCUGCCCCAAAGAUGAGGUUCAUCCCGACUCCUUGUCAGCACAGCUCGCUGGGCUGCGUGCCUUCCCUACAGGAGCAGCAGCUCAGCCGCUGCGUUGCAGGCUGAGUGUCUGACUUCAGCGCUGGUCCAUGCGGAGCUGCAUUACAGACCAGUGUUUGUUUUGAAUUGUAUUCUUUCUUUUUGGCAUUGUGCUGAAUGACGAACUCCAUCGUUGUUCGUAGCUGAGCCCUGAAGCCUUUUCUGUUCUAUCUCCAUCCAUCCCGACAAUCUCAAGCAAUAUGAGCGAAACUCAGCCUUCGGGCUCCAUUCCUCAUCCCCAGAGCCGUGGCCGUCACAGCGCGGGCACCGCCAACACCGCAUGGCCGGGGGCCGAGUGCAUGUGAGAGAGAGGAAGGUGAAAGCGAUGCAUUUCUCAAGAAAGGUGUAAGAAUUUCACCUAAAAAGGGGCACAUCUGCUUUGUUAUUUAUAAUAAAAGUCUUUUUUUUUUUAAUUAACUAAAAGGACACUGCUAAUAAUUAUUAGGGGCCAGUUCUGCCCCCUUCCUCGUGCUGAGUAAGUACUGCUUAACUCUGUGAUUUUCUGCUUGCAGAGUAAGUCAGAGUGGCAGAGUUGAUCCCUCUGUGAUUAAGAAUCAAGUUUUUAGUCUGAUUUUUUUAAUUGGUAGCGGUUUUUUAUAUUUCACCUUUUUGUUUCCCCCCCCAGUUCCGUUCCGUUGUGUCCUUAUUUAUGUAAUAUACUUUAACCUUAAAAGAUGGCAUGGAUUCCUAUGCCUUUCCUUUAUUAUUAUUGUUAUUAUUUUUAAACAGAGAUUUAUUUCUAGUGUGAUUUAACUGUCUACCUUCUAAAACGAGAGAACGUUUUCUUGUAUUUUUACAUUGUCAGAUUCUAUAGUUUCAUAGAUAAUUUAACCAAAUCGCUCAAUGUAUUAUCUAUAUCUAUCCAGUGGGUAUAAAAGUUCUAUUUUAAAUUGUGUAAAUACUUCAGAACUGGCUUCUUUUUCCAGACUCCCCUGCUGCGGAGUUACUUGUUUACAUCACAAAGACUGUAGAAUCUCUACGCUCAUGUACUGUAAAUAGUGAAGUGAUCUGCCUAUAAAUAAACGAUAACAUAUAUACUACAAACUGGGAAACAAACCAAUAACGAGCAAUGAGUCUGUGCUGCUGGUAUGUCAGGGUACCAAGCAGGCGUUCCAUGCAGCAGGACGUGGCAGUAGGCUGGUAUGCACUGGCCUGGCUGUGGGGACAUGGGGAUGUGGGGUUGUGUACAAACUCCAACAGUUACACUCAUCCAUUUGAGAAAAAAAACAACAGAGACAAACAAAAAAAAUACAACAAAACCAGCACAACGGUUUGCUAUUUUGGCAUAGAUUUCUGGUAAACCAACUUCUCACACUCCUGGGAAUGCAUUUGUAGCUUCAGUGCCUGGUUUAUCAGUCAGGCAAAACCAGACAGCAGGCACAGCUUGCCCUGUGGGAGGGAAAGGGGCCAGUGACUGGCUGUUGUGCACGGGGACAGCCUCUGAUGCUGACCUUGGUUGGCUGGUGUCUGCCCAACGAGGGCAGCAUCUUCAGCAUCUUCUGAACACCUGACUUAGAGCAGGGCUGGCUGUGCUCUGAGCUCCCAGCCCUACAGGGGAACUCAUCACUGGCACUGUGAGGUCCCGGCCGGGGCUCUGGAGCCCGCGUAUGCCCACUUAGCAUUUCUCCAUCCUGAUUUGCUGGCAGAUCUGACGGGUGUCUUUAGAGGGAGGACUGGGGAAGGGUGUGGGUUUUUUUUCCUCCUUUUGGCUCAGGGACAUCUGCCUUGCUCUCCUAGUGUCAUGAUCUCUGCCAGCACCUGCUGCCUGUCUUGCCUGCAUGCUACCUCCCAUCUCGCUGUUCUUUGCCCUGCCAAACUUUGCUCUCUCUGUACACCAGCUGUGGAUGCUGUCUGUACUCACUAUGAGCUUUUAGGGGCCGGUGGAGAGCUUGCUCUAGAUGCUGCCCCUUGUGGGUUCCACAAUCUAUUCCUUCUUUCUCUUCCCCCCUCAGUCCUUGGCUGGAUACAUUUUAGUUUUUCAUACACCGUCUCUACCUCCAAGUACCUCUUCAAACUCACACUUGGAACCCUCACAUUUCUCAGCAGCCUCCUGCAGGUAAGCCAUUUCCCAACAAAUCCCUCUCCUCAAAUGCCCACCCCUGGGUCGGGGGUGAGGCUGCUGUGCCUCAAGCUCUUGUUGCCUGCAUGGCACAGUGGGUUACACCCGGUGUUGGCUGAGCAGACCCUCGAGGAGCCAUGCAGCAGGAGCACGUCUGCCCUGGGCGAGCCACAACAGCUCAGCAGCAGCUGCAGUGGGUGAGGUGGAGGCAUAGUGCUCUUGCAAAUGUGCUGCAGCCCUCUGCUUGUCUGAGCAUCUCUGCUUCCCUUUCAGUUUGACAUCCACAAGGACCCCACAAGUGCAGAGCACUGAAGAAAUGGCAGCAGGAUGCUGAGCGGAGCUGUGCAGGGAGCUGCCUUCCACCAGCCUGUGGGGUAGCAAAAGGAUCUCCCCACUGCCUUCACAACAGCGAUCAUUUUAGAGGGAAGCCAUCUCCACUGCAGCAGUGCACGUGUCCUGGAUGUAAUCGUGCCAGAAAAGGAGCAUGAGGUGCCCCAGGCUCACAGCAGUACCCUGGAGCACAAAGGAUUUACUGCCCGUGCAGAACAUGCUGGAGAAGGGCGCAGAGAGGAACUAGAUUUACCUAUACCCUGCCACACUCUGACCCUGAUUUGUAUCUGCUCACGUUGAUUUGUAUCACAAGGAGUCUUCAUUUCAGUGAGUUUGCAAAAUAUCUACAUCUGCCCGGAAAGAGGCAGUGCAAGGAUUCAGCUCACUACUGCUGAGUGGGCAAAUUCUCCGGUGAAAGCCAGUGUUCUCGUCACCAACAUCUCCAUCCGUCACUGCGAGCCGCUCAUUUCAGGUCCAGGCAGGGACUCAGCUGUCCAAGGAGAACAGAGAACCCGUGCUUCCUACAGGUUGAUGAGAGAAGGCACUGCGGCACCAAAGCGCCUGGACCAGAGAUAUUCCUCCCAUGACCAGCCUGGCUCCGGUUGGUACACGUGGCUGUUCGGAGGGACACGCAAGACAUGGGGACGGGCUGUCUCUGCCAUGCCAAGGGGAACAGAGGCCAAAGGGAAGAAUUGAAAAGCCUGUUUGGCUGAAGCAGCACACUGUUGUGCCAUGCGGGUCACCAUGCAGACAGUCCAGGAGAUAACAGCAAAUUAUUUACGGUGAUCAUUACCUGCAGCUUCCAGUACCUUCUGGCUGUCUAAACUCCUGAAGGAAAUUAGGGAGAUUAAUUCUUUCUUCAGUGAAAAGAUUAAUAACUCUAAUUAAUUGAGGGUAAGAAAACCAGAUUUCAGGGCAGUACUGAAAAAAUAAACUGUAGACCUAUAGAGGAGCAAAAAGUAAUGAUAAAGGACCCUGAGCUUUUGGGAAUGGCAAGAGUACAGAAGUGGGCCAAGGUCACAAGAAAGCUUGGGGAGCAUGUAGUGGGCAGCAAGCUGAUAAGGAGCUGAUAUGGAGGGAGGAAUUAAGCCCAUCUGCACCAGCUGCAGUGCAUGAAACAGGACUGGGAGGUGAAUAUCAUCAGGAAGAGGUUUGUAUGAUAAAUUCCUGUAAAAUAAACAACUACUGCUCCUCUGGGCAUUUAACCAAGCACAACGCACUUGCCUGGACGCUCUCUCAGGAGUCUUGCUUAAAGCAAUACAUCUUUAACAAGUCCUCGGGCACCCAGAAACAAGUAAGAGCAGCCCAGUAACACCAGCCUCUGCAGACAGGUUGCAGCAGGCUGUGCCACCAGGGGCUGCAGGGACAGUUUGUGCUAGGACAUUCCUACUGACCGUGGCCAACAGCUUCUUGUAAGACAGGAACUUGACUUUUUCACCAGCUGUGGGCUACAUGGAGAAACAAUACUAGGAAAGAGAAGGGGAAAGCAUGUGACAGAAGGGUAAUUUCUGCACAUGUGUAAGUCAAACCAAUCAAACCAAACCAGCAACAAGAACCAGGUUCUAACGUGAUUUUCAGCUUUAGAAUAGAGUUGAUUGGAAAGCUCCUUUUUCUCCGAACCCUAAUUUUAUUCUUUUUUUUGGGGAGAGAGGGUUGUAGCAAAACACCAAGAUAUCAUGGGCCAUUACAGGUUUUUAAAGCAGGAAGUCAAUCUAACUUCAAAUUUGAUGCUCCAUUCCCUGAGAUACUUCUUCCUCUUACCUGUCUCCUCUUUAAGAGAAGCCAGUGACCGGGGACAACUUCUGAUGCUGACCUUGGCUAGCUGGCACCUGCCCAAUGAGAGCAGCAUCUUCAGCAUUUUCCAAAUGCCUGACCUUGAGCAGCAUCCCUCUCACAGGACUUGUCAGCUCCGUGUCAGAGCUCUGGGAAUGGUUGUGUGACAGCAAAUACAUGGUUUGAAAAUGUCUUUGGUGCUGCCCUGUUGUAUGAGCCACGUUUGCUGGAGUAGCCUCAGAUGUGCCAAAGGGAAAGGUUCAUGUAUGCAGGAGCCAGGUGCUCGUGUCCAGAGUGGAGGAGUACAGCAGUGCUGUUAGUGGGAAGGCAGAAGCUGUUGGUGAGAGGAGCAGAGAGCAACCCCUUCAGUGAGAUGAAGGCAGAGAGGGAACAAAUACUGCAGGAGCAAUAGGCUCUGGCACCCUAGGUAUACUGAGUUAGAGGACUGUUUCUGGUAAUCAUCAAAUCUCAGAGCCAACCUCAAUCUUGUGCAGGAUUUGCUGCUCCACUUGGAUAUAUAUAAGACCAUAGGACCCCAUGGGAUUCAUCCCAGGAUAUUCAGAGAGCUGGCCAGUGUCAUUGCAAGACCUCUCUCAAUGACUUUUCAAUGGUCUUUGGAAUCUGGAGAAGUCCCAGGUGAUGGGAAGCUGUCAAACUUUCCACUAUUCAAGAAGGCCUAGAAAGAAGACCUUGGUAGUUACAGGUCUGUCAGUCUCACUUAGGUGCCUGGUAAAAUUAUGGACAAAAUUAUGCUGGGAAUACUGAAAAACACCUGCAGGACAAUGUGGUCAUUGGUCACAGUCAACACAGGUUCCUAAGGGAAAGGUCCUGUUUAACUAACUUAAUUUCCUAUUAUGACAAGGCCACCCACCUAGAUGAGGAAAGGAAGUCAGCUGAUGUUAUCCUUUUGGAUUUCAGUAAAGCUUUUGAUACUAUUUCUCCUUCUCCUUCUUCUCCUUUUUCUACAGUAUCCUUCUGGAGCAGUUGUCCUGCAUACAGCUAGACAAAAACUCCAAGGUCCCUUCCAACUCAGGAUCUUCUACAUAUGAUAUCUAUAUGACUCUAUGAUUCCAUUCUUUGUACAUGUCCUAUUCUUCUUCCUGUUCUUGUAUCUGCUCCAGGGUCCUUCAGCACACUUAUAGGAGCAGAGGAGCAGCUCAGCCCCAGGCAUUGCCAGCUGUCAGCAUCAGACCACCAGAGCAGGGUACGGCCUGAAGGCCUGCACAGAAAUGCAGAGAGAACAGAGGGAAGCAGCUCUUAAAUCAGUACAAAUAAGGUGCCUCCAUCCUCCUCUCUCCCCUGCUCCUGAAGUGAUAGAGUAUUUCCUCCUCCCAGGAGGAACGAAGGUCUGACUCAAAUGCUGGGAAGGUGAGAACCUGGGCAGUGCUGGAGUAGGGAGAAAGUGGAGGAUGCUUGGAGGAUGGAGGACUCCCAGAUGUCAUCUCAAGAAAUUUCUACAAGAGGACCGACAGAAAGAAAAGUGAAAUCAGGUACAGAUGGAAGCCGAGGGCCCCACUUCUCAGCUGCCGCUCUUCUCGUUUAAGGAGGUCUGCCUAUUUGCUGCACUCAGCUCCAGCUGCUGCACUGGGGAUCCUCCUAGGGGGCCGGGCAGCCCCGGCAGUGCAGGAUGGAGAGCUGUAAGCCCGAUGGAGCGCUGCGCCCUUGCGGGAGGUGUCAGCAGUUCCCAGUCCCCGCCCAGCCAGCUCACUACCACAGCUCUUCUUUCGGCCCGCCCUUCGCGCUGUUGCAUCGUGCGUUUUGCAGACGCCAUGGCAGAGCCGCGGGUGCUGAAGGAGUUACAGGAGGAGCUGACCUGCUCCGUCUGCCUGGACGUUUACAGGAACCCUAUGUCCCUCAGCUGUGGCCACAGCUUCUGCGAGGAGUGCAUCCAGGGGGUGCUUCGCAGUCAGCGCUGCCCGCAGGGCCUCUUCAGCUGCCCGCUGUGCAACGCCCAGGAAGCCCUUUCUACGAAGCUGCAGCCCAACAUCCAGCUCCGCAGCGUAGUGCAGAAGUUUUUGGACACCAGAGAGCAAAGUGCCACUCUUGAAGAGGAGCCAAAACGUGAAGUGGAAUGUGAAGAGAAGGGAAAAAGUUCAGACUUGCAUGAUGAGGAGAUCAUGUGUGAUUUCUGCCUUGAGAAGCCUCAGCCAGCAGUGAAGACGUGCAUGAACUGCGAGACCUCCCUGUGCCAGGCCCACCUGGGCAAGCACAGCACAAAGACUUUCCUGACAAGCCACGUCCUGGUGGAACCCUGUGAUGCUCAUGUUUUGGCGGAAAGGAGAUGCUCCCAGCAUGGCAAGCUGCUGGAAUGCUACUGUGUGACGGACUCGGUCUGUGUCUGCAUGAUGUGCUGUGCCACCAGCUCCCAUAGGAGCCAUGAAAUCAUCAGUGUGGAAGAGGCUUUUGGCCAAGCACAGAGUGAUUUUCCUAAAACUGUGCAAACACUGAAAAAACAUGAAGCUGCAGUGAAUAAAAGCUUGGAAAAUCUGCUGUCACACCAGGAAAAGAUAAAGGCAUUGGAAAGAUUGCACAGGAAUCAUCUGGAGAACUCCUUCAAUGUGAUUUGUGAGCAGCUGGAUAGAAGCAAAACAGAGAUCCUGGGAGCCAUCAAUGACAUUGAGGAGCAACAGCUUUCUCAGAUUGAGCCAUGGAUAAAAGAACACAAAGAGAUGAAGGACGCUGCCAGCUGCAGUGUGCAGGAGUUGGAGGCUCUGAGGGAUCAGAAGGAUCCAGUACUCUUCCUUAAGGGUUUGUCAGCAAUACAAGCCAGGAAGAUGGAACAAGUUCCUAAUAAAGAUGCUGCAGAACUGGCAGAGCUGCUCAGUAUUAUGGAUGGAUCAAUGAAAAAGAUUAUUCAAGAGCAUUUUCAGCCUUAUGCCCACUUUAUCUUGGAUGCGAAGCCCUCAAUGGAAUCAUCAUUAACUCAUGAACAUCUGACUUUCAAAUCAUGUCAAGUACGUGGACUACAUGCAGAUGACAAGGUGCUCAGAGUAGUCACACCACCUUACCCAUUUCCUGUGCAAGUCGAAAUGCCGUUCUGGGUGUACAGCACCAGGUGCUUCUCGAAUGGCCAGCACUUCUGGGAGGUGAUCACCAGUGACUCAUGGUGCUGGAAAGUGGGUGUCACUGAUAACAAUUUUCAAUGCUACCUGGAAACGUCUCAGCGUCGUCUCAGUGUGUUCCUAGAUAAAAGACAGAUUAAAGUCCAAUUACUUAAUACAGUCGUCAGAAUGGUCAGGGUACAACUAGACUGCGAAAGAAAGACAGUGUCAUUUUUUGAUGCGUCUGGCAAGGAUUAUUCAAGCUCUUCUAAGAGCUGUGUGCCCAUAGCUACAGUACUCAUCCCUGCAAGAGCUCCUGUCCAUGCUAUCUUCAGCAUUUCUCAUGGCUCCCUUUCACUCACAUAGUGAUGUGGGGGCAAGGCUGCCUUGCCUUUCUGCUCCUUGGUUCUCUACAUUUCGGGGCUGCAGCUGCACAGACUCUGCCACCCUGGCACAGUAUAAGCCAGGUUUCAGACUGGGCCUGCUUGCAGCCUGCUCCUCAGCUAUAAUAAGGUUCUGGUCUUCUACAGCUAUGGGCUGAGUUGAGAGAAUGGGAAAAUGGGGCUCUACCAUCAAAUAUAUCUCCUCAGGUUUUUAGUACUUUUGUUUCAGUAUUGUACUUUUGCUGAACUGUAUGGAUCGCUGUGUUGGAUGGAUAAUAUUAAAGUAAUUUUAUUCACAAAA